AUGUUCCUCCGUAUUUUUCCAAAGCUCCGCCUCAUGUCGCUGUCAGUGGUACGAAUCGCUUCAAGGAGGGUCUCGUUAAUUGCUUCUGCCACCCGUCUUAAUAUUUCCCAGACUUCUCUGUUCAACCACGCGUCGCCUAGACUCCUAUUUUCUGCCCGUCCUCUUUCGGAUAAAUCGAGUGCACCAGUUCUCUGUAAAGAGCUGCACGAUCGCCUUGUCGAAUUAACCACUCGCACUCGGAUUGUGGUACUCAUGAAGGGCACUCCGAUGCAACCUCGUUGUGGUUUUUCCAACGCUGUUUGUCGCAUCCUGGAGGCCCAUGGUGUCUUGGAAAAAAACGACGCGUCUACGGGGCAUCCCAUUGUUUCCUCGUUUGACAUCCUCAGCGACGAGGAAAUCCGCGAGGGGGCCAAAGCCUUCUCCGACUGGCCCACCUUUCCACAGGUCUUUUUUGAUGGAGAAUUUAUCGGCGGAUGCGACAUUCUGCUUGAUAUGCACCGUUCCGGAAAAUUGGCAUCCGAAUUAGUACGACUCGGCAUAGGUUCAUUGCUCACAGAGGAAAAAUGCCCGCCGUAG